AUGAAGUUUGCGAAGGAGCUCGAGGAGCAGCUGGUUCCGGAGUGGAGGGUCAAGUAUCUGGACUACAAGAAAGGCAAAAAGAAAAUCAAAGCUGUUGCACGAGCCUUGCGAAGUGUUCAGCAAACUCCUAAACUUGCUGGACGUUGGCGCAAUGCCGCCGAUUCUAGUUCCUUCGCCUCUCGCUUACCCUACACCCACUACGAUUUCCCUGGAAGUCGCACUGAUAUACAUACAAGAGAUUUCACGGGAACAAUCAUACAAGAUGCUGCUCCAUCAGCACACACCCCGAGACCACGGCCGGCGCGUCGAGAAAGCACGACGAUUCUGAUGCACACUCCACCUCUGCCGGUUUCGGAGACACAACCUUUAAGAAGCAGACAAAAUGGACCCAUAGAACCGGGUCAAGCAUCUAGAAACUAUGGCAGCUUCGUCACUUCGCCAUCUCGACUUGUACAAUCCCCAGGCCAGGACCUGAUACCUCUCAAGUUGCCCGAUCCGGCAAUCGGCCCGGGUGUGGUACGUGCCCAAGAUCAACCAACCCCCAAUGAUGCACAGUCGAAGAAGCAGGUGAGGAUGAAGACACCUCCUUCUGAUUCCGAUGCCUACCACGUGGGAGCAACUCAAACUCCACAGAGGAAAGCUCUCAGCUUGCCCAGACACCUCUUUCAUUCCCACCGGACAGCUUCGUCCCCUCAAGCAAACACAGUGUCUACCAGCCCAUUUCUGAGACGCAUGCUCUCAGGUACUGGUAUAGGCACUCCGCCAAGUCUGGAUGUGCCUCUUGAGGCUUAUCAGGAGCUCGAUAACAAGCAAGAAGAAUUCUUUGAAUUCUUGGACAAAGAGCUGGAUAAGAUCGAAAACUUUUACAGCUUGAAAGAAGAAGAAGCAUCCCGUCGGCUCCAAGUGCUGAGGGCACAGCUGCAUGAAAUGAGGGAUCGUCGAAUGGAGCAAGUUCUGGCUGCUCAGAGAAAGGGAGAGCUGGACAACAAAGCCUUGGGGAAUCCGGAUUCGCUGCCGAACGGCCAUGGCCAAGAACAAGGUCCAGGAAUCUUCAAACCAUUCGGAGGCAUUGUCUCUCGACCAACCAAGAUCGGAAAGACUACCGAGGCCAUGACACAGCUUGGCACCCCUUCUGCUAGAGAAGAGGCAGAUCAUGAGGCUCGUCGGGAUUAUGUCACGCGGGUGGAUCCAAAUCAGCGAGUGCCUUACCGAUCAGCGAAAAGAAAGUUGAAAUUGGCUUUGCAAGAGUUCUACCGCGGGCUAGAACUCUUGAAAUCCUAUGCGCUCGUGAACAGAACAGCAUUUCGCAAAAUCAAUAAGAAAUAUGAUAAGGCUGUAAAUGCUCGCCCAACUGGACGUUACAUGAUGGAAAAAGUCAAUAGAGCUCACUUUGUCAAAAGUGACGCCGUGGAGAACAUUAUCGUGGCUGUGGAAGACCUUUACGCCCGAUACUUUGAGCGUGGCAACCGAAAGGUCGCUGUGGGCAAACUGCGCAGCAAAAUGUCCAAGUCAGGGGACUAUUCUCAGACUUCGUUUCGCAAUGGAGUGUGGCUGGCGGCCAGCGUCCCCCUCGCCAGCCAAGGACUGAUCUAUGCUUUUCAACACCUAAACCACCAUGACAACAAGGCAGUACGCUUACAAACUAGCUAUCUGCUACAGCUGUAUGGUGGUUAUUUUCUCGGAGUCCUUCUUUUCCUCCUCUUCGCCAUGGACUGCCGCAUCUGGACCCGCUCCAAGAUUAACUACAUUUUUGUCUUUGAAUACGACAGCCGGCAUGUGCUGGAUUGGAGAGAGCUUGCUGAGCUGCCCACCCUCUUCUUGUUCCUCGAGGGAUUAAUCGUCUGGCUCAACUUUCGGCAGAGCGGUGAAAAUGCCAUGUAUAUCUACUGGCCUGUCAUCCUCAUUGGUUUGACACUGAUUACCAUGUGCAUUCCUCUGCGAAUACUAUAUCACCGCAGUCGGAAAUGGUGGGGAUACUCCAACUGGCGUCUUCUGCUGGCCGGUCUAUACCCUGUUGAGUUCCGCGACUUCUUUCUGGGCGAUAUGUAUUGUUCAUUGACAUAUUCGAUGGGCAACAUUGCACUCUUCUUCUGCCUCUACGCUCAGAAGUGGACAGAUCCACCGAGGUGCAACUCGACUCACUCCCGACUGCUGGGGUUCUUUGCUACUCUUCCUGCCAUCUGGCGUGCUUUUCAGUGCAUUCGUCGAUAUUACGACUCCCGCAACUGGUUUCCACACCUUGCCAAUUGUGGCAAAUACACAUUCAGUAUCCUUUACUACAUGAGCUUGAGUCUGUAUCGGAUCGAUCGGACCGAUCCACUGCGUGCCCUCUUUAUCUUCUUCGCCACAAUCAAUGCGCUGUACUGCUCGGUAUGGGAUGUUGCGAUGGAUUGGAGCUUGGGAAACCCAUACUCAAUUCAUCCCUUCUUGCGCGACACCCUUGGCUACCGACGAGUAUGGGUAUACUACGUAGCCAUUUUUCUAGACCCCAUUCUUCGAUUUACCUGGAUAUUCUACGCCAUUUUCGGGCACGAAUAUCAACAUUCAACGCUUGUCAGUUUCCUCAUUGCACUUUCGGAAGUGGCCAGGAGGGGCAUAUGGGCGAGCUUUAGGGUCGAAAAUGAACACUGCAGCAACGUGGGUCGCUUCAGAGCUUCACGUGAUGUACCCUUGCCAUAUUCUAUCGAAUGUUCUCCUAGACGGAGCGGAGAAGCAGGAGGGCCAGUGGAGGGACAGUCGGCUACGGGAGCAGACCUAGAACAAGCAACCUCUACUUCGUCUUCAUCACUCCGCUUCAGGAAGACGAGACCUUCAUCAGCAAGCACGCCGGUAUCAAGAAGUAUCCAUCGUGUAGGCACAAUAAUCAACCAAGCUCAUAAACAAGAUUUUGAGAGGAAAAAUCGUUCAGGUAUCGUUGGGGAGAAUUCUGAAAAUGCACCUGCCAACAAGCAAGAUAGCUCAGACGAUGAUGACGACGAAAAUGACAAUCCUAGAGACGAGGAUGUUAAUGCAGAAGAUAUGCUGCAGGCGAGAGAAAUUAUUGACAGGGCACAGGGCUGA